CAGACGCUCGUGGUCUUAGUCUCCGGUCUCUCCGCCCGCCCCUCCCCCGCCCACCGCGGUCACCCGGGAAACCGGCCGAGAUAGCCCGCCGACUUGAAGCUGGUUUCAUGGCAGCGGCGAAGAAAGCAGUUUUGGGGCCGUUGGUGGGGGCAGUGGACCAGGGUACCAGCUCGACACGCUUUUUGGUUUUCAAUUCAAAAACAGCUGAACUACUUAGUCAUCAUCAAGUAGAAAUAAAACAGGAGUUCCCAAGAGAAGGAUGGGUGGAACAAGAUCCUAAGGAAAUUCUGCAGUCUGUCUAUGAAUGCAUAGAGAAAACAUGUGAGAAACUUGGACAGCUCAAUAUUGAUAUUUCCAACAUAAAGGCUAUUGGCGUCAGCAACCAGAGGGAAACCACUGUAGUCUGGGACAAGUUAACAGGAGAGCCUCUCUACAAUGCUGUGGUGUGGCUUGAUCUAAGAACCCAGUCUACCGUUGAAAAUCUUUAUAAAAGAAUUCCAGGAAAUAAUAACUUUGUCAAGUCCAAGACAGGCCUUCCACUUAGCACUUACUUCAGUGCAGUGAAACUUCGUUGGCUCCUUGACAAUGUGAGAAAAGUUCAAAAGGCUGUUGAAGAAAAUAGAGCUCUUUUUGGGACCAUUGAUUCAUGGCUUAUUUGGAGUUUGACAGGAGGAGUCAAUGGAGGCGUCCACUGUACUGAUGUAACGAAUGCAAGUAGGACAAUGCUUUUCAACAUUCAUUCUUUGGAAUGGGAUAAAGAGCUCUGCGAUUUUUUUGGAAUUCCAAUGGAAAUUCUUCCCAAUGUCCGGAGUUCUUCUGAGAUCUAUGGCCUAAUGAAAGCUGGGGCCUUGGAAGGUGUGCCAAUAUCUGGGUGUCUGGGGGACCAGUCUGCUGCUUUGGUGGGACAAAUGUGUUUCCAGGAUGGACAAGCCAAAAACACGUAUGGUACAGGAUGUUUCUUACUAUGUAAUACAGGCCAUAAGUGUGUAUUUUCUGAACAUGGCCUUCUGACCACAGUGGCUUACAAACUUGGCAGAGACAAACCAGUAUAUUAUGCAUUGGAAGGUUCUGUAGCUAUAGCUGGAGCUGUUAUUCGCUGGCUACGAGACAAUCUUGGUAUUAUCAAGUCCUCAGAGGAAAUUGAAAAACUCGCUAAAGAAGUAGGUACUUCUUAUGGCUGCUACUUUGUUCCGGCAUUUUCAGGGUUAUAUGCACCUUAUUGGGAACCUAGUGCAAGAGGGAUAAUCUGUGGACUUACUCAAUUCACCAAUAAAUGCCAUAUCGCUUUUGCUGCACUAGAAGCUGUUUGUUUUCAAACCCGAGAGAUUUUGGAUGCCAUGAAUCGCGACUGUGGAAUUCCACUCAGCCAUUUGCAGGUAGAUGGAGGAAUGACCAGCAACAAAAUUCUUAUGCAGCUGCAAGCGGACAUCCUGUAUAUUCCAGUAGUGAAGCCCUCCAUGCCUGAAACAACUGCACUCGGUGCUGCAAUGGCAGCAGGGGCUGCAGAAGGAGUUGGCGUUUGGAGUCUUGAACCUGAGGAUUUGUCAGCUGUCACGAUGGAGCGGUUUGAACCUCAGAUCAAUGCUGAGGAAAGUGAAAUUCGUUAUUCUACGUGGAAGAAAGCUGUGAUGAAGUCAAUGGGUUGGGUUACAACUCAGUCUCCGGAAAGUGGUGACCCUAGUAUCUUCUGUAGUCUGCCCUUGGGCAUUUUUAUAGUGAGUAGCAUGGUAAUGUUAAUCGGAGCAAGGUACAUCUCAGGUAUCCCAUAAAUAAUACCAACUCAUGGAUUCCCAAGAUGCAAGCUUUUUAUGUAAUGAGAGAAUCCAGCAAUUCUGUCUCUUAAUGUGAUGACACUAUUCAUAGACUCUGAUUUUAUUUAUAAGCCACUUGCUGCAUGAUCCUCCAAGUAGACCUGUGGCUUGAGGUAAAGAAAAUGCCACAGAAAGAAUGCUACAGAAAUAUUUGGUGUGUUUUUUAACACUGACAGUUAAGGUUGGGCCAGCUACAUUUGGGGCUGACCCCCUCCAUUGUCAUAACAUCCUGCCCCAUUCCCUCUAAGAUUUAGGAAGAAUUCAGAUCCUAUCCAUUGGAGUCUUUCAUCAAACAUAUUCAGAUUCUAACGGACCAGGAUUUUGAUUAUCUGCACCUUACAUGCCUGAUUAAGGGGUUAAUACUAACCUGUUAAAAAGAGUGAUUUUUUUGGUUUGCCAAAAGUUUUCUUUUCUAUAUAUUAGAAAACCACAUCUUCAUUGAAUGUUUAAAUGUAAAAUUCUACUAAAAUUAUUAAGACGACAAUUUAGUAUCUCAUAGUUUGGAUAUUUUUCUGAAAAGUAUUUGCCAAAACUGAAAUGCUUCAGUAUUUUACAUUGUCUGACUAAUUAGAGUGACUUUUUGUCUGGAUCUUAUAGGAAAGGAUGUUUUCUUUUUCUUAUUUCUUCCAUCUUUCCUUUUUAUAUUUUUUUACUUUAUAUGUAUAACAUACAUGCCUAUAUAUUUUAUAUACUACUGGUAGCCCAUUUAUAAAUUUAGGAGCACAUUGUAUUUAGUAGGUUAACAUGGCUGGUUUUAAGUGGACUACUAUGUAUAUAAAUAGUUUGGGGGAAACAGCUGUAUACAUGUUUGGGCAACGGUUAUGCAUAUUAUUUAACCAAGAGAAAUUUUUCUUAAAGAGCCAAUAUUUAAAAUUUAAGUAUAUCUCCUAUGUCAAUAAAAGAAAA